AUGGCGGCGCGCGCUAGCAGGACCAGCUGGUUCGUUUCCGUUUCUAGAAAAGUGGGAAGUUAUCUAAUUAAUUCAGUUUUCAUCGCCCAGGCGGCGACGUGUGCUCACAACAUGGACUCAGUGGGACCAACCAAGCUGGAGUUUGCAGUGCAGAUGACAUGUGAGAGCUGCGCGGUUAAAGUCAGAGCUGCUCUGGAGGGGAAACCAGGCGUGCAGUCUGUCAGCGUGGACGUGGGUCAGGAGCAGGUGUUGGUGGAGUCGUGUCUGACCAGUGCAGAGGUUCAGGCUCUGAUCGAGAGCACGGGACGCAGAGCCGUGCUGAGAGGCCUGGGAGGAUCAGAGCCAGACCUGGGAUCAGCGGUGGCCAUGCUGGCUGGUGUGGGGAACAUCCAGGGGGUGGUGCGCUUCCUGCAGCUGUCGGAGGAUCGAUGUUUGAUCGACGGGACCAUCGACGGGUUGGAGCCGGGACCCCACGGCCUCCAUGUCCACGCGCUGGGGGACCUCACACAGGACUGCCUCAGUUGUGGCGAGCACUAUAACCCCUUCGGAAAGCGUCACGGCGGUCCAGGGGACACUGAGAGGCAUGUAGGUGAUCUGGGAAAUAUUGUGGCUGGACCAGAUGGAAGAGCCUCAUUUAGACAAGAGGAUGGUCAGCUGAAGGUGUGGGAUGUGAUUGGUCGGUCGCUGGUGGUGGAUGCAGGCGAGGACGACUUGGGUCGAGGCGGUCACCCUCUCUCCACACAGACAGGGAACUCUGGGGAAAGGCUGGCCUGUGGGAUCAUCGCCCGAUCAGCAGGUCUUUUCCAAAAUCCCAAACAGAUUUGUGCGUGUGACGGGGUCACGCUGUGGGAGGAGAGAGACCGGCCGAUCGCUGGGAAAGGUCGGAGCAAAACCAGCAUGGAGACACCGGCGGCAAACCUCUGAACCUCGAGCGCCGGCCGUAUCUGUCGCUGUCGGACAGUUUGAGCAGAAAGGGACGAUUAUCGACUGAGGGUCAGAGCUGAAGCACUGAGGAAUAUGUUUCCACACAGCUGGACCAAAGACCUUUUUUUCCCUUCUCUCUCUUUGUGAUCAAACAAAAUCCUCUUGCGGUCACAGUCAGUGUCCUCCGAGGAUUUUAAAAGCACUAAAGCAGAUUAAAACAGCCAGGGACUUUGUGAAAGUCACCUUUGAUUAGCUAGAUGUCCGUUAAUUCUGUUUAUAUGUUUGUAUAACCAGUCGCCUCUGACACAACUGUCUCGUCACUGUUUAAACUCAUGUAUCUGCUGCCAUUAAAGUGUCUAAAUUAAUUAUACAAGCCUCCUUAAAGUAGUAGCAGUAUUGAUUACAUAAAAAUGUAUAUAAAAAUAUAUAUUUACCAGGGCUUGAAAGCUUCAUUCAUGACUAAAUCGACACUCAAAUGCUGCAGAACUUUUAUUUUUCAUGUCUCUUAAUUCUGGUUAAACACAACAUUUCUGCAUAGUUGCAGAUGAAGAUUAGGCUGCAGUAAUAUUAUUAUAAUUAAUUUAUUGGGAGAAUUGGACUCCAGUGGUGGCUGAAUAGUUUGAAUGUUUGAAUUACUUUCAAUAAUAAAAAAUAAAAAAAAGUAGUAAAAAAUAGUUGUAAAGUCUAAAUUUAUUGUAAAAAGACAGAUGUUAUCAUUUCCAAAAUUUGCAACAUGUUUUUAUCUCACAAAAUAUUCUGCUUCAAUCUAUAUUUGAUGGUUUUAUACCUUAUUGAAACCUAUUUUUUACUGCUAUCAAAAACUCUUUAUUCUCCUUCUUGCUGCACACAUAAAAAGUCAUGCAUCUGUUUUAAUGAGCAGCAAUCUAGAAGUGUCAUAAAUUGCAUUUUAUAACCAAAAAAACAAAAAAUCUAUUUUGGCUCCAACACUAUUAUGGUAAAUUCCUGAAAUCAUUGCAAAAAUUAUGAUAUUAUAUAUUAUGUGAUGACGUCACAAAAUAUGGCGACAAAAAAUGUGAAGAUUCAUUGAAAAACCCAAUGAAACCUCAAUUAUUAAAAAAAAGACUUGUGCAGCCAUUAUAUUUACAUUUUUUAACUUAAAGAGGGAAAUCAACACAGAAAUAUGAUGACAAAAAAGUGCGAUACUAUUAUUAAGAAAAUUUACUGUUGUACAUCCCACACUGGAUACAUCAGUUAUGAUUGAGAAUUUAUAAAAUGUUAGUAUAAACGUGUCAAAAAGGCAAUAGAAAUGUCCAAAUAGAAAGCUAAAAGUGCAGGAUAAAUGGCUGUAGUGUCUGGCUUCUGUCACUCCAGGUGGUGGUAGAAAGUCUUGGUGAUAUGAAGAUUUACAUUUUCAAAAACGACUUGAAAAUGUAUUUUUUUCUACAAUGUUUCUAUAUUAAUGUCAUUUAAACGAAGCUGGAGCAAACGAUAGGAGGCACCGUUUUGCUAACAUGGAGUAUGAAUUAUAAAAAUAGGGUUUCAUUGUGGUUAUGUCAUACAGAGUAUUUAUUUUUUGAAUAACCAGAAAACAUUAUAUAUCGUGAUAUGUGUUGUUGUUAAGGUAUGAAGGGACCUUUGUCAGGAUAGAAGAUGUUUUCCCACAUGUGCAGCCCCUGGAUCUAACCACGUUUACCUACUUAUGUUGCCAAAUGUCGCCUAAAAUAAAAUGUUAUCGUAGAAAGAAACUAUCAAGAUUUGAAUUUUCCGACAGUACUUGAGGUUCUGAAAGAUAUCGUUAGGAAAAGUAACCAAAACAAAGCUUAAAAUAGUGAUAUUUCUGUCAAAAUCACUUCGUUCUACAUGUCUCCCUUAAAACGUCGCCAAAAAUAAAGCGUUUGUUAUUACUAGAUCCUGUCAAUAACAUUAAACAGGACAGAAGAGGCUUUAAAUAUGUAAAUAGUUCAAUAUAUAUUGCAUGUGGAGACACAAUUUUAUUUUUCCAAUAUUAUUUCCACUUGCUGGCACUUGAAAAGUGUUUUAUAUAUAAAUUCAAAUGUAUUACAAUUUUUAAAAAAAUAUUUUAUCAGAGAAAUCCAAAUUGUUUUUUUAAUGAUUUACGUCAUUAUAACUGUGUUAUUCUGCACAAAAGACAUCUUUGAGUUGUUCCCACUUCUAGCCACGAUUGUGCUGAUUCCAUAGAGCUGCAGGACUUAUAGAUUUUAUAUAUAUUUUAUAUAUUACAGUAAAAAACAAGGCCACAGUGAGUAAAAUGUAAAAAAUAAGAAGCAAAAUACACCCUGAAACCUCUUGUUGGGGUUCAGAGGGUUAAAAAUGAAGAGAGUUUUAGAAGCCCUGGGCUAACUCAGGACAUGUGCCAUGUUUAGCUCCAUGUGAACUUUUCUUUGCGUCAGUGUGUUCAUUUUAAAUCCAUGAGGUGGUGUGAGUGACUUGGGUAAGAGAGAUUGGAAAGAGCUUGAAGGGGAAGAGAGAGAGAGAGAGUCAAAUUCCAUCCACACACAGCGAGAGGCUGAGGGGGGUUAAAAGUGCGAGUGGGGGGUUCCUUGGAGGAUUGUGUGUUCAGCUGUUUUUACAACAUGGAGUUUGAGUGUUCAGUUCCUUCAUCGCCAACUUAAGAGCCAUACUGACACUUUCCUGCUUAAAACCUCUUGUUGUAAAUGGUCUGUGAUCAUGGAAGGAUGAUAUAAUAAUGUGCAGAACUUCUACCUGCUGACACAUGUUGAUUCCUGUUAACACAUUUUCCCUCCUGAUGAUGAAGACGUCAAUACUGGGACGGUGUUGUGCGCCGUAUUGGCCAUAUGAAAUUGUGUAGCAAGUUCUGCAUUGAUUUUCCCGAAUUGAGCAUCUGUCUUGUGCUGCUGAGGCCUGAAUAAGCUUAUUGAAUUUCCCCCCAAUAUGUUCGGCCAGUGUCCUUUUUUCAUUCGUGUCUGAGGCCUGCAAUCGAUGUUUGUAUGUUUUAUUUACUGAUGUAGUGAUUAAAUUAUUAAUUUUGUGCUUAAAAAUGUCAGAAAAUAUGAAAAAAAAAUAUCCUGUAUUUCCCAGAGCCUAAAGUAGUGUCUUUAAAGGAAUACUUCACCCUUAAAAAUAUUGCCAAAAAUACACCAUUUAUCUUAGAAAGAAACUGUAAAAACAAGCAUUAUAGUUCAAAUUUGAGCUUUCCGACAGUCCUUGAUCAAAGGUUAUGAAAGUUUCUGUUAGAAAGAGUGACCGAAACAAAGCUUAAAAUUGUGAUAUUUCUGUCAAAAUCACUUUAUUCUACUUGUCUCAUUUAAAGCGUUGCUAAAAAAUCAAACUGUUUGUAAUAACUAGAUCCUGUUAAAAACAUUAAAUUCUGCUCCUCAGAGA